UAUUUACAUAAAUACUUCUCAAAUUCUGGUGGGACUUGAAUAAUUAAUAGCAUCGUUGUAACAACUCAGCGUCUUUAAAACGCUAAAAGAAGCUAAAAAGAAGUUAGUGAUUCCUUUUCAAACUAUCAACUUCUAGAGAGAUUUCAGUUUAAUUUUUGUAAGUUUUUUUGCAUCAACAUGGACGAUUUAGAACCUUCGAUCUAUCAAGAUGAGCUAUCAAAAGCACUGCAAACACUGCAAACUUUGGAGAAAGAAAGAAAGGACAUCGUAUCAGGAUUUAUGAAAGAAAAAGAAAUAACAGAAAAGAUUCAUAAUGAGCAAUUGCAGCAACUGAGACAUAAUUACAAUCAAGAAAUUCAGACGUUGAGAGAAGAAUUUAUUGAUGACAAGGAAAACCUGUUAAGCAAAAUUAAAAAUGAGCAGGUGGAAUACGACGCACUUCAAAGUGAAAAAUCUAGAGAAAACGAAAUAGCGAUUGUCAACAAGUCAGAACAGGAGAUAAAGAAUAUCGAAGAAAGUUUCAGAAAUGAAAAACGGAAACUCCGUGAAGAGUACGAAUCUGUUAUUAAGGAAAAAACGAAUGAAAUUGAAGAACUUUACAACGAAAAUUACAUCCUUCGAACGAAAUCGGACCCUCAAUCGUUCGAAGAUAGAUAUAAAGAAGCCGAGAUUCAAAUAAAUAAGUUGAAAAGUGAAAUAAAUCGUCUGAAAGAAAAUGUAUCCGAUGAAAUACAGAGUUUAAAGGCUGAAUAUGAUUUUGAAAGGUCCGAGAUUGAAAGAAAACACGUCUUAGAAAAAGCGGAAUUCGUUAAAAAUUUAAAUACAAAGUUCGAUAAGCAUCAAGAACAUAAUGUGAUCGAAAAAAACAAGACGUACAAAAAGUACAGGAAUGAGUUGAAAGAGAAAAUUGAAAUAGUGGAACAACUAUGGGAAGAUCGUAGCGCAGAAGAACGACUUAAAAUGAAUAUGCGUUUUGAAAAUGAAAUUUCUGAGCUAAAAGCAAGGUUUGCUCAAGACCUUGAAGAGAAGCUUCUAGAAAGAGAUAGUACUAUCGAAAGCUUAGAAAAUGAGAAGGAUCAUUUGUUGAACGCAAUUCAUGUAGAGAGAUUUGAGCUUGCAAAAUUUUAUAAUAGAGAAUUAUCUCUUCUUAACAGACUGGAUUCAACUAAAGAAGACAUUGAAGUUGCACUUAUAGAUGAAGUUGCAAAGUUACGUGAUGAACAGCAGAGGGUAAUCCGCAACAUGGAAAAAAGACACAAGAGAAAAGUGAACGACUUAAAAAAGAGGCAAAAGCCUUUGGAAGAAAUCUUAGAACAGCACAAGAAUGACUUGGAUGACCUUAAAAGCCAAUAUGAACGAGAGAGGGAGGACUUUGAAGCCCAAUUACGGAAUGAACAGCUUAUUCUCUUAAAAAGUUUUGAGUUUGAAAAGAGUGACAUAGAAAGAUAUUACAAGCAAGUAAUUGAAGAUAGAGAAAAGGAGUUCAAAGAAGAAAUCGAAAAAAUCCAAAAUGAACAUAAAAAGGAGAUAGAACAAAUGGGAACACUCGAAAAAGAAAAUAAUGAGAUAAAGCAGCAGCUUUCUCAUCUGAACGAUAAAAACAACGAAUUGGCUGACAAAAUAGAGAUGUUUGAGAGCCAGAAUGCAAGACUUCAAGAGGAACUUGAAAAAGAAAGUCGAAGUAAAAGGGAACAGCCCGAUAAAACUGAAGAAUCUUCAUCGGAUUUAAAGAGAACUAUCGAAGAGAUAAGCAAGUCAAACAUCGAUCUAGCUAACCAGUUAGAGAAUGAGCAAAAGAAAUGCAAGGAACUUUUACAACGCACCCAUGAGCUUGAAAAAUUACAUCAAGAUUUUUUGAGGAAAAUCGAAAAAGAUGAAAUUCAGGAGACUUCAACUGCUGAAGAAUGCAUGGUUCCUUCAUUCGACGACGAAAAGGGACAAAUGGAUAUUGAUGAUUCGAACAGAUUUGGUGUUGUCCAAAGUAAUGUACAGAAAGAUCAUGAAAAUAAAAUCACCAAUUUACAGGGAAAGACACCAGAAGAAAAGGAAAUAGAACUUCAAGACAAUCUACAAGAAUACCUUCUUGAGCUAAAAGCCUUGCAGGAGACAUUGGAUUCUAAAGACACGGAAAUCAGAGCAUUGAAGGAAGAGAAUGAGAGGGAAAACAAACUACUAAAGAAAACUAUGAAAGACUUUAGGGAUGCCGUUAAUGCAGCACUUGUCGGAGAUGAAGCAGAAGAGACUUUAGAAGUCUUCAAGUCACGCCAUAAGGUGGUAAAAGACCUAAUAAACAGAGAAAUCAAGGAUAUUCAGGGCCUUAAAGAUAAGGAAAGUAACGAGGAGAGAGCUCAUAGUGACAUAGAUACUAAUGCAAACACUUUUAUGGCUAAUGUGAAUGCCCUAGAUGAGAUAAUCAAAGCCUUUGAUGAAAAUAAACAGCAGCGGCUAAGAGAAAGAUUGACAUCACUCAAGGAAGGAAUCCUAAUUUCACAUGAUCUUGAGAUGCUUGAGAGUCAACAAAAGCACGAACAGGAAAAGAAUAAUUAUCUCAAAGAAUUAGCCUACGAGAAAGGAAAAGAACUGAAAUUUUCUGAAAAAGUGUUUGAAACAGUCUGUGAAGAAAUUGGAGUAGAUUCAAACGAAAGGAAGGAUAAACUUAAAGAGAUUUUAGAAACCGACCGUCAAUCAAAGGAUGAAAACAAUUCAAUAGAAAAUCAAUCAAAAGAUUUCGAAAACGAAGAACUAGAGAAGCUCAAAAACGACAAGGAGGAGCUUGAGCUAGCCAUUGUGGAACUCGAAAAGCAUUUCAACAAAGAAAAAGAGAAACUUCUUAAAAAGAUGCAGACACAACAUAAGGAGUUUGUUCUUUCUCCAGAAGCAGAAGUCAUUGAGGCACUGACCAGGGAUAAGGCUAUACUUGAAGAGGCCUUCAACAUUGAGAGAUUUAGCCUCGGUCGUCUUUACUACAUGGAAAUGCAAGAUGAACUCGACGAACUCAUGAAACAAAAGAUGGAAGAGGUAGAGGGUGAAAAAGCUGACAUCAUCUUUAAGUUUAAUGAGGAUAUAGCUGAACUAUUACAAACUAUAGCAGAAAAAGAUGAAAAUGAAGUAGAAUUGAUCAAGGACAAAAAUGCAUUGACAAGAAAGAUGCUAUCGCUAAAGCGAAGAGCAGAUGACGAUGACGUCAAGAAACUUGAAGAAGGCAUGAUCGAUGAUAUGAAAUACGAGGCCGACAAGCUAGAAACAAUUAUACCAUUGAAGAAAGAAAUAGCUGAGCUACAACGAAAGAGGCAGCAAGAACAUGAAUCAAACAAUGAAAAUCUUAAAAAAGCUGUCGAUGUUAUAAAAGGCCUGCUCAGCCAGAAAGCCAAUGCACGUGAAGGUGAAAAACGACGGCACAGUUUUGCCAGCACUGGAAGCCAAUACGAAAGUAUUCUCGACGAACAGCACUUUCCUAGUGGGAGGGAAUCACGUACCUCAUUAAAAGAUUCCACAGUACCACAGUCGAACUAUGGAGAUCAGAAUGCAAGAGAAUUGACACCAAACAGUACCCACAAUCUAACACUGAGCCCCUCAAGACCUAAAUCAGCUCAGUCUUCUGAAUGUACAGAUGAAAUACAUGAAUCCCAAGAUGAAAGUGGCAAUACGUCCACUGGUGUUCCUACUUCUAAUGAACAUGCAGGUCUUAUUAAAGAUAAAAGAGAUCUAUUAGCAGCAUUAGAGACUCUUAUAGACAGUGCGUUUGCAGUAGAGAAAACGUAUGAAUCAGACACUUCAUCAGGAGCGAUUUCUGACUUUGAAUCUGAACCUGCUACACCUAAGCCAGAAAGUGAGGAUGGAGUAACUGACUCAGGAGCAGAAUCAGUUGACAACGAAUGCCUAUCAAUCAAAAAGUCUGAUCUUGAGCUCGCUUUAAACAUGGAAAGAUUUGGCCUUGGAAGAGUAUAUUAUAAUGAAUAUAGAGAGAGUCUGCAAGACGCGUUCAAAAAGUUAGCCAGGGAGAAGGGCAAGAAUGAAAUUUUAGAAAACAAGCUGAACGAGGGUGUUAAAGAUCUCGUGAACAGGACAAGCUUUGGUAAUUUGUCAGCAAUGUCAAUGGAAGCAGAAACACAGACAUGUUCCGACAGUCUUGUUGAACAGAUUUCUACACCAGCAGUAAAGGAAACUCCUACUGGUUUACAGCAAGGUGUAAACAUAGAAGAAAAUUCUAAAAAAUUAGGUAAAGGCGACCUAAAUCCUGAUGAAAGCAUUGAUAAGGUUGUCGAGUCAAAACCGUCUACUGUCGAAGAAGAUAUCCUUACGUCUAAGUCGCAUGAAAUGGAAAACACACAACAUGCUGAGACGCAGACAGAUUUUUAUGUAGAGUCUCCUAACGUUCAAAAGACUGAGAGAGCAGAAGCCCCUAAAAUUGAAAAACCAUUCGUGGAAGAUAUUCAAGAGGCUCGUAUACGUGCCGCAGAGAGCGCUCCGUGGCUAGGAUCAGGCAUUGGUGAUCUUUUUGAAGGUGAACCAGAAAAUCAGUCUGGUAAAAAAAGAGAGAAUCAUGAAGAGAUAAACGAUGGACAACAACAAGACAAUGUAAAAGAUAAGGACGAAGACAUAUACGAGCAGGAAAAAGAAAUAGGCGAUGACAAAAACUUGAGCAAAUUGAGAGUCAAAGAAAAAGGCGAUGACGAAUAUGAAAUUGAGAAAGAGAACCGACGUGCGGACGCGGAACGUCAAGAAAAAGACAAAGAUUUAGAUAAAGGCGAAAAAGAAAAGGAUAUAAACAAAGACCAAGAAAAACUUGGCACGAAUGACGAAAAUACAGAAGAGGAAUUAUUUUCACCUAAAGACGAAAGCGCAAAAAAAGAUGAAAAUGCUGAUGAGUCAAACAGUACAUCAGUCAUUUCCAAAGCAAAGGAGAUUCCUAGGAAAGAUGUUGACGACGAAUACAUAAAGGAUGAAUUAUCUUCGCAAAAAGAAGAUGACGUUUAUGACGAAGAAAGAGAAAGUUCAUCGGACCAGAUUCCUGGGCAAGAUGAAGAUGGCAAAGAUUCUGAAGAUGACAACAAAACCAAUGGCGGAAUCACUGAUAUAAACGAUGACAUAACAAAAGAUCACCUUCAAGAGUACAAGAAGUUGAAAAACAAUUAUGACAUUUUAAAAGCGCUUGUGGGUAAAGGAUUUGUCGAAGAAAUACCGGAACUCAAUGAAGCGAAAGUUAUUGAAGAUUACAAUGACAUUGAUGAACAUGAUUUAAAAGGAUUAGUUGAAGAGGAGAAGAACAUUGCAACGGACAUUAAGUCAAUAGAGAAACAAAUAGCCACUCUUAAAAGCAUGAGUGACCCGAAUGUAAGAGAAGCAGAGAAAAAAUUAAACGAGAAAGAACUAGGUGUUUUGAAUGAGUUAGAAAAAAUAAGGCAUGCUCUACAAAAUGAAGAAGAGAAAGAUUUUAUUGAACAUCUCAAAAAGGAAAAAGACGAAGUAGACAAAAAGUUAAAGGAAAUAGAAAAAGAGUUUGAAGAAAAUAUGAAUGAAAUCGGUGAUGAAGAGAAAGUGCUUCUUGACAUGACGUCCAAGAAGUUAGAUUUAGAGAGUGAAGUUGCCAAGAAAGCAAAUGAGCUUGACAAAAAUCACAAGAAGUUCAGGGAGCUCCAAGAAAAAACCGAUGAUCGAAAUCUAGAAGAAGAUAUUGCAAACUUUAAAAAACAAAAUGCCGCUCUUCAAGAUUUACUACAAAUUUGUUUUUCAAAGCAUAACACCACUGAUCAAGAUCCCACCAAUGAUUUAUUGGAUGAUGUCAAUGUGCAGGCCCCUCCAUCAUUACAGUUCAACAAAGUUGAUAAACCCGAAGAAACAAUGUCCGAUUACAUUGGAAACAUUUUGAAUAAUCAUACCUGGAAUCCAAAAGCAAGAGCUAUUUUGAAAGAAAUGUAUGACAAGGACCGAAGUGCAGCCAUGGCAGCCAAGAAGUUGAAACAAGCACAACGUGAUAGAGACAGGCUCAACAGAAUGGCUCAAGACCAAGUUGAUAGAUUAAAACCCUUUCUGAAAAAGCAAGAAAGAUUGCAAGAUGCACUUGGUAAAGACAUCGAUCAAUCCAUCACAAGAACAACUAUUUCUAACGACUUUGCACCAUCACGAGAUGAAGACAAUCAAAUCAAAGCUGGCGAAGUGCAAGAACAGGAACAAACCCCUCCUUAUUACAAGGAUAAGGGAACAAAAGAAGGCAGAGAGUAUGACGAAAGUAAUCCACAAGAGAGUUCUGACUAUACAAACCUUAAUAUAGAUUCAAUUGCGAAAGAAUGCAAUGAUAUCAAAGAAAAGCUCAGCAAUGUAAAUAAUGAAAUCGAGGCGCUUACGAAUAAAGCCUUGCAAAGAAAUUAUGAUCCGAGAAAUAAAUCUCUAUCAGGCCACAUUCAAGAAUUGGAGGACAAAGCUGCAGAAAUUUGUGUUCAAAUAGACAAAAUAAAAGCCGAUGGUUUAGGUGGGGAAGCAGAUCAUGACGCCCUUUACAAAAUUCUUAAAGAGAAAGCCGCACACGAAUUCGAUUGUUCAGAAUUACUGUCGAUCUUACCAGAAGGUUUUCAGUAUUUACCAGAAGACAUCGAAAGCCUGUUUGGACUAGCUUGCUUGAAAGAUGAUCUUGAAAAAGAAUUAAAUGAUCUUGAGAAAUCCAUUGACGAGGAAGAAACAUUCUACCAAAUAGCAAGAAAGUAUAAGAGAGAAGAAACCUCAGAAGAAUGCCACCCCAAAUUUCAGGAAAUUGUACAGAAAAAGAACAAUAGUUUGAAGGAGCUAACUGAAAUUUCAAAGGAGAUAGCAGACGUCUUACAAAAAGAGAUAGCAUCGCAAGAGGUAGAGAAUGCAAUGAAAAAGAAAAUAGAGCUUGAGCAACUUGUGGAUGAAACACAAGGCGAGAUCGAGCAAGAACCCUUGCGAGCUGCUGAUAGGAUUAAUAACUUAAUCAAGCUUAAACAUCAAAAAGAGUAUGAUUUGGCCCAAACGACAAAUAGACUAAAAGAAUCAAAAGAAAAAGUAGACCUGGGUGGCGUUCCGACUUCAGUUUCUUCUGCAAUCUCCUCAAAAUGCAACGAUGUAAAAGACAGUACGACGGACAAGUACAUAAGAGAUCUGGAAAAUAACAUCGAAGAAACUGCCUCUGAGAUCAUAAAUUUAAAUCAGCAAUGCAUGAAUACCGAGUGUGAAGAAGAUAAGCUCGCACAGUUAUUUGAGAAGCACAAACCAUCAUUGAGAACAGACACAAAAGCUGUCAACGACGAUGUUCUUCCACUUCCGUCCGUUCUUGAUGACUUGCAAAGUGUGAAAAGGGAUAUCAAAGAAUUAGAAUCUAAAUUGGAUAACAAGAAAAACUCGCUUAGUGAAGAUAAAAUUGAGCAGUUGCAAAAUCUCGAAAUGUUGAUAAAGGCAAACCACAACAGUGCGAAGGAAGAAGAACUAUUCAGUAAAUUAAGCGAUCUUGAUAAAAAUAAAAAAGAGCUGCAAAAGAUUCUAAAAGACAGCAAAUUAAAAUUGGACUUAUUAAGCGUCACAAAAGUGGUCCAAGAAAAGGAGAAAGACAUAAAGCGUCUUAAGGAUAAUAUUGAGYUCUUGGAUGUUUCUUUAGCAAACAUCAUGGACGACGUCAAUAAUAACGCGCAUGACGAAGCAGACUUCGAAAACACGAUAAAAGAAGUUUUAGCCGAAGCACAGACAAAACUUGAACAAGCUGAAAAAGAAAAUGAAACGAACAACCAAAUACGCCAAAAUGCAGAAAAUGAACUAAAGGAUGCAAUAAGUAGUUUAGAAGAUGAGCUUGAAGAAAACAGGGAGGAGCUAGAGUUUCUAGAAAAUGAACUGGAGGAUAAAGACAUACGCCCAGAGGAAGACAACAGCUCCUUAUCACCAGAACUUCUUCACAUGAUCGCUCUCCUUAAUAAAAAGAAAAGCCUUGAGGACUAUCUCUUUGAAAUCGAUACAAAGCUCAGCUCUGUUGACAGCAACAAAGAGCCCAUGGAACAUGCUGAAAUUGACUCUCUACGAGCCAAGAAAUGCGAAGCAGAAAAUCAAUUGUCAAAGAUCCAAGAGGAAAAAUCCAAGUUUGAAGUAAAACUUCCAGACGAUGAAAUACAAGAAACCUUUGAUGCCUUAUGCGACGAAAAAAAACAGCUUGAAGACCAGAGGAAAGACGUGAUGCAGAAGAUUCGCAACGGAAAGAACUUCAGUAGAAUUUCUUUUGACACGGAGGAUGAAAAGAAACCAAGCGAUGAAGACAAAAAGUACUUUAUCCAUGCACUGAACGAAAUGAUUGCUGGUCCAAAAACCCUCAUUCAACUAGCUGAAGAGAACGACAGAUUAAAAGAUAUAGCUUUCAAUCAACGAUCUCAGAUAGAGGAUGUUAAUGAUCGUUUGACUGCAUCUCUCGGUGAUCAGCUUUCGAAGGCGGUAUUAUCGUUGGAUUGUGGCAAAGUGCAAGAUAGUAAUAUACCAAUUAUUGAUAGAAUCAACGAUGGGCAAAAGAUGGGUGAUAUUGUCAAAGAUCUAAGUAAUGAAAACAAAAAUCUAAGAAAUAUCAACGAUGAACUUUUAAAAGACCUGGAAUGCCUCAAAAAUAGCAUAGGCCAGAAUCUCGCGGAUUUUCUAAUCAGUCCCGAAGACUGCUUGAGCGAUUCCUUGGGACCUAUACAAUAUGUCCUUGAGACAGAAUGCACCAUACAAGAAAUCUUAGAAGAGCUGAAAAAUGACAUUGAAAGAGCAAAAGAAGCACUGGGUAAGAAUAUAGCAGACUUCAUAAUGUCUCCGGCUUCAGACAAUCGCUUGAGUGUUGAAUUUAGCGACGUCCCACAAGCUUUGACAAUUAUGAAAGACAAUGACGACGAUCUUGAAUCAGUAAUCGUAGCAUAUGAAGAUGAACUUCAGCAUCUUGGGAAAGAAAACUACGCUUUGAAAAGCAUGUUGGGUAACGAUCUUUCAAAGGCAUUAUUGCAGAUCGGUUCAGAAAGCAAACAUGAUUUCAAGCCCAACGCAAUCCUCUCAAGUAGAAAACAACCAAUUUCAGAAGGAACAGAAAAGAUACAUGGCCAAUACAAUUCAGAAGAAUUCCAGGAACAAGAGCUAGCUAAGAAAAGAUAUGAUGAGCCAUCACGAUUUACAAAGUCUAAAAAAGAUGGAGAAAGAGAAUGUGGGGAUAGCAUCAACAGCGAUAGCAUAUCAAAGGAUUCUAUUGGAGAACUUGAAAACCAGAUAGAAAAACACCCUAAGGACAAAAACGUAGACUUCAAGGCACCUGAGAUAAAAUACAAGAAAGAUGAACAAGAAAAAGAGAAGCUUCCACUUUUCCAUUCAAGAACAGAUUCGAGUCAAAAGUCCAUAGAUGACAAGGAAGAAUGGAAGCCAGUCAGUAAGCCCGAUUGUGCACACAACAAACAACACGCUAGCACUCUCCAGGAAACCGACAAGGAGAUUGUGGUAAGAGAAGAAGUAAAUACGGAAUGGAGUCCUAGAAUUACAAAUCCAAAGGUUGAUAAUCAGUUGUUAACAAAAUGUGGAAUUGAAGCACCUAUUCGUAUGACCGAGAAUGGUAUGUCAUUAGGAGAAAUAAUAAAAGGAUAUGAAAACGAUUUGGAGACUCUUAAGUCAAGAUUGGGUCCCGGAUUAUAUGAAUCCAUACUUGGUGCUUGUAAGCCAAACACCCUUCAGAAGUCUGUCUUUGGUAUUGCUCCUGAGGAAAAACUACAGUCUGCACGCGAAGCAAAAGGGAAAGAGUCACAAGACGUUCAAGGGGAAAAUAGCAACAAAAUAAAACCAGCAGUUUCAAAUGUACUUGAAAGUCAGAAUGUUUUGCAAGACGGGGAGGACUCACAAGAAUCUCUUGAUAUUAAGAUCAAAGAAGACAUUGGUAAAGGCUUCAAAGAUAUAAAGGACAAAGAAUGCCUUAAGCAGCUGACAGAGGUUGAAAAACAUCCAGACUCUAGAAUGUACAGCUAUAGCCUUUUAGAAACGCCACAACAUAAAAUGAGAGAUAUGGACAUUACCCUGGAAGAUGUACUCGCAGAAUAUGAAGAUAAGCUCGAGCUUCUUGGAAGAGAAAAUAACGCUUUAAAAAGCAUGUUGGGUAAUGAGCUUGCGCAGGCAUUGCUAGAACAAAACAGGGAGAGUGAAAAAGACUUAAAGCCCAUGUUAGGCAAAACAAGUGACAACAAUAUUAAUAAAACAAAAGUAGAUUUUAAAGAACCAGUGUCGACGAGUAAUGGGGGUAAUGAGCCAAUUGAGGAAACACUUCCACUCUCUGUAAGAUUGAAGCCAAAAAGAAUGUCCAAAAAAGACAAUGUCGAAACUAACCAGUACAAGCUUAGUGCGUGUGAUGAUGAACAUGGUAUAGUAACUGAAAGUGACUUCCCGGAAAGUGCUAAAACUGAAAAAGGGGUGGUAAACAUUUCAGACAAACUUCUUAUUCCAGACGAGGAAAAUCCGUUGCUGGAGCAAUGUAAACUAAAGGCACCCAUUCGGAUAGCUAAGGACAAGUUGACAUUAGGAGAUAUACUAAAGGAAUAUGAAAGCGAUUUGGAUACGAUAAAGUUACAACUGGGUCCAGGACUUUAUGAUUGUGUACUAGAUGUUGGUAAAGUACUUGAGGGUACAACUCUUUCCACAGAGAAUAAAAACGAAAGGCCACCAGAGAAAGAAGAUAAAGAUAUGUUGCAGUCAAAUGAAUAUAAUGAAAUAUCAGGAGUUCAGAGAGAAAGUGAGGGUCAAGAUCUUUUGAAUCACAGAAAGAGUGGUCAAAAAUUACUUGAUGUCGAUGUUAAUGAUGUUUUCCCUGAUGCUCAGAGCAAAGGAUUUGUUGUAAAACCCGAAGGGUCUCAUGUACUCCCAGACGCAAGCAAUGCCAGUGAAGACGUAAUUGUAAAAUCUCCUAGACAGAAAAUGAUGGAUGACGAUAUGACACUUGAAGACGUCAUCAAGGAGUACACAGGAGAUCUGAAAACUUUAAAAACACAAAUUGGGCCAGAGCUGUAUAAGUCUUUAUUAGAUACAUCUAGACGAGAUGAUGAACUUGAUAAAAAAGAUCAGUUUAUCAAAAAUAAGCCAACUAUUGACACUGGGAAUUUUGAAGACAAUGGACAUGCUCUCGAGAAGGAAAUGUUUUCCAAAACAUCUACUUCACCUCCAAAAACAAAUAGAGAUGACGACCUAUCUAAAACUGGAACGGAAUCUUCUACAGUCGAGGAUAUCAAGACACAAAAUGUUAAAGUGCCAUAUGAAAAGAUAGCCAGUAAACAAAGCGAAAGAGUUGCAGAUCAACAACGACGUGAAAGCUCAUUAGAGCCAGGAGAGAUUACAUUGGAUAACGUCAAAUUGUACGGUAGCGGAGAAGUAAAAAAAGGUGAUUCUGAUGAAACGGGUUCAUUGGAAUCUGGUGAAAUUAUUGAUCUAGACGUCAAUAUUGAUAUUAGCCUUCAAAGUGACGGAGAUAUGCUAGCUCCACUUCAAAUGAAACAGCAGAAUAAAACUUUACAAGAAGUGGUUAAAGGUUAUGAACAUGACUUGAAAACUCUCAAGGCGAAAUUGGGACCAGAACUUUUCAAAGGCAUCGUUGACACUAAACGUUCGGCUUCUAAGCCGCAAUCAGAUUACAAAACUGAUCUUCAGAUUUCGAAAGACAUUCCUUGUGAUGGAGAGGGACAGUUUCGUCCAAAUGAUAUCAAAGAGAUUCCUUUCAGGGACAAACAAUUUGAAAAACGUUCUCAUGGUGCUACAUUAAUUGAGCAAGUAACACCAGAAGAGAAGAGACGCCCUAUCAGUUCUAAAGAAAUACCUCUUAACGAAAAAGCUAAGCCAUCUUUACGUGGAACUAAUGAAAUUUCUGAAGACACAGUUCACCAAGACAAACGCAGUUAUUCGGAGCCCAGCACUGAACACAUUAAACCAAGUUUUGAUUACACAAUGGUUGAUAGACUUGAAUAUGAUGCAAAAACUCUUGGGCAAAGCGCACCUUUGAACGUUUUGGAUUCAGUUGAAAAACCGGAAGGAAACAUGCAAGAAAGUCUUCAAGGGAUCAACAUACCAACUGCAGGACCAUCAUCAGAAGCGGAUGAAAAAAGUUUCCCUAGUCCUAUUAGAGCAAUAGAAGUUGUAAAACAACCAGACAAAACUCUACAGGACAUAAUUGAACAAUACGAACACGACCUCGAUAUUCUGAAAUCGAAACUAGGACCAAAUCUAGCGAAAGCAGUUGUAGACUCAGAAAGUAAGAAAUAUAAAAAGGGAAAUGAUGAAAAUCAACCACCCGACGUCAAAAUUUGUGAUCAAGGACCGGUCUCUUAUGAUAUCUUGUCGGAAGAUAAACAAAGGAGUAAAAAAGAAACCCGCGAGGAAAAGGGCAUUUUAGAAGUCAACUCAAAUGAGCAAAUUGACUAUUGUGAAGAAAAGAAUAUAGAUGUCAAGAGAAAAUCUGUCACACAAGGGAUGCCGGAAAGCAAUCUAAAGAUCAUAAAGCAAGAUGACACGGUCCAUACAAUAGAAAUGUUAGAUGACAUGACAUUGGAGGAUAUCAUCAUUAAUUUAGAAAAUGAAUUGGAUUGUUUGAAAUCAAAACUGGGUGCUGACUUGACAAAACUUCUAUUGGAGGAUAGUGAUAAAAACAAACUUAAAAUUCCGGGAAAAAAAGUUGCAGAUAGCAAAGAAAAAACGAUGUCCUCUGAAGUCCUUGACGAGCAAAACAUGCACCCUGAACCAACUUUAUUAGAAUCAAAUUUAGGAGAAAAAGCCCAAAGAAAGUACUCGCAGGAACCAACUCAAGAAUUAGAGAACAAUAAAGGUAAUGCACAAGAAAACAUUGGAUCCGGUUCCCAUGAGAAACCAAUUAUGGCUAAAGGCAAUGUCGUAGAAGGUGAGAGAAGGGGAAUAGACGAUGAAGAAGAUAAAAGGCCACUAAAAUAUGCAAAUGAUCAGAGGGGAGAGAGUAUUAAUGAAGUAGCAGCUUGUUUUGAAGACAUUCAAUCGAAAGAAGCGGAUACUAAGCAACACCAAAAAGAUUGCAUGUCAGUUAAACGUUUAUUAGCGACCGACCUCAUGAAACAGCAGAGCACUCCACUUCAAGAAAUAAUUCAGGAAUACGAAAAUGAUCUGUCAGUUCUAAAGAAUGCACUUGGAUCCACAUUAUCAGAUAUGAUUCUUAAGAAAAAUGAGGUAACUGAACAAAUACAAGAUGAAAUUUUACAAACAAGUGGAUAUGAAGAAAAAGAGGGCGACCUUUCAAUUUCUGAACAGAGUGAUGAAUCUAAAAGGAAUACUAAGCCACCUAUUGAGUCCUCCUUAAGUACCGAAACAAUAAUUCGUGAUUUUACAACACCUGAUCAAACGGAAAAGCUGAAAGAUACCCAAAAAUAUAUAGAGAAAGCACAGUUAGCUGACGGUACAGAUAAAUCGAAAGCGGAAAGGAGUGGAAAGUUGUUGGAUGAGGUAAAAGGCAAAGAAGACGAAAAAAUUGCUCCUACAGAUAGUGAUGGCAAUGUACAGAAGACGGGGAAACUCAUCAACGAGCCAACUCAACAUGGUUCAGAUUCAUUACAAAACGCGCUAUUGCCUUAUAUUACCGGGAAUGGUAAGGUUACGAUUGAAAACAUUAUAGAAGACUUGACUGACGAUCUAACAACUCUCAAUAAAAAACUUGGACCAGACUUGACUCAGAGUCUGCUCGCCAUGAGGACUGAUCCAAGCGCAGCAUUACCUGAUUCUCAACGCGCUGAAGUCAGUGCAUCCCACGAAUAUAGUGAAGGUAAUAAUGAAGACGAAUCGGAACUCGAUAAAUCAACGACAGAACCAUUAACGGAGGUUGAUGACAAAAUGGAUAUCAUGCAUCUUAAAGCGACAGAAUUUCUUAGAAAACCAGACAAAACUCUACAGGGUAUCAUUGAACAGUAUGAAAACGAACUCGAGAUUAUAAAAUCUAAACUAGGACCAAAUCUAACAAAUGCGGUUUUGAACUCUGCUAGCACAGAAUAUGAAAAAGACAGUGAUGAAAUUUGUAAUCAAGUCCCAGAGCUUUGUGAUAUUAUGGAAAAAGAUAAGCAAGGAGACAAAAAAUACAUCCAGAAAGGAAAACACAUUCUAGACAAGAAACCAGAAAAACAAAUUGACAAUUCUGAAGAAAGUGAUAAUAGAAUACCAUUCACACAAGACAUGCCAGAAUCAAGUCUGAAGAUCAAAAGUUCAGAUAGCAUAGAUAAUACAAUGGAAAGGUUAGAGGAUAUGACAUUGGAGGAUAUCAUAAGUGAUUUAGAAAUUGAAUUGAGUUGUUUGAAGUCGAAACUUGGUCCUGACUUAACUCAACUUCUACUGGACGACAGUGAUGACAAAAAAGGUAAAAUUCUGGAAAAACCUGAUGUAACACAGGAUAAAGUUUUUGAAGUGACAUCAUCUGAAGUCUUAGAUCAGAAAGACAAGCGCACUAAAUCGUUUGUACUUGAAUCGGACUUAGGAGAAGACGACCAGCAAAAAUAUUCACAGAAAAUAAUUCAAGAAUUAGAAUUAGAAGACAACAACUUCCAGAGAAAUCUUCCACAGCAGUUUUAUUCAGGUUCGCCGCCUAAAGAAAGCAAUUUACAAAGAAACUUGGGAUAUCAGUUCCGAGAGCAGUGCUCCAUGGACCAAGACAAUAAUGCAGAGCAAAGGCGAAAAGAAUAUAAAGAUGAGGCUAUGCAAAUUAAAUCUGAAGAUAACAAAACUCGAGAGGACCACGAUGAUACAUUAACUUAUGACAUAGGUACUCCUUCAAAAGACAGAGAUAUCAAGCAAAGGCUGAAAGAUGAUGUACAAGUUAGUCCUAUAUUAGCAACUGAACUGAUGAAACAGCACAACUUUCCACUUCAAGACGUAAUUCAGAAUUACGAGAAUGAUCUUUCAGUUCUAACGAAUGCCCUAGGACCAACUUUAUGUGAUAUGAUACUCAAGAAACAUCAACCUAAUGGAGAAACACACGGUAGAGUUACAGACACAGGUAAAGAUGACGGAAAAGAGGAUGAAGCCAAGAUGAAAGCAACACCAUCUAUUGAGCCUUCCUUAGAUACUACAAAAUUACUGCUUGAAGCAACAGACCCUAUUCCAGUUGACAAAAGCAAAAAAGAGAAAGCGCAUUUGGAUGACAACAAAGAUGAAGCUAAAGCAGAAAAGAAAGGGCAGUUGUUGGAUGAGGUGAAUGUAGAAAAAGACGCACAAAUUACUCCUACAAAUGGUGAUGACCGUGUCGAGAAUGAGGGAGAAGCCAUUAAUGAGCAAGCAAAACAUAGGUCAGACAUAUUGCAUAAAACGCUAUUGCCGUAUUUUACUGGGGAUGGUGACACGAAAAUUGAAAAUAUCAUACAAGAUUUGAGUGACGAUCUAAGAGCUCUCAAUGAAAAACUUGGUCCAAACUUGACACAAAUCCUUCUCUCUAUGAGCAACGAGCCAAGCAAAUCACCAGACACUCGAAGUACUAUUGUCACCUUAUCUCAAGAAGACAAUGAAGGAAACAAUGAAGAAAUCUAUAUUGAAGCAGAAGCCAAUAGUUAUGAAGGAAAGAUUCAGGGAUCAGACAAUGGGUCUCAAGUCAACGAUAAAUCCAGCAAAGAAAAGAAAGCUAUCGAAAGCUUAUCACAGAUAAAAAUAGAAGAUAAAUCAGAGGAAGCAGAAGCCAUUGAUCUUGAAGCUCUUGCUCAUAUAUCAGAAAAGGAUCAGACCCUCGAAGAAAUAAUAAAAAGAUAUGAAGAUGCGCUUGAUAGGUACGAGUCCGCAUUAGGACCUCAUCUUUCGUAUGCAAUAUUAUCGUCUGAGCAGCUGCUUGGCACUGAAAACGAAGAGAAAAGGAAAGGACACCUAAAGUGUGAUGAUAAUAUUGAAGAGGACAAACCCGUUAAAGAAGAAAAAGUAGAUAAGCUUGAGGAGAGCCAUGAACAUGCAAUGGACGAAGACGAAGACGUCACCUCCUCUGAAAGUCCUCACAAUUUCACUUCAAAGGAUGAGGGCCACUGGAGAAAAUUUGUGUUUACCAAGGUUAAGGAUGAAGAAUUUCCUUUAGAAGACAAAAAUCUCAAAGAACCAAUAACGUUCUUAAACGAAGGCAAGACACUUGAAGACAUGUUAUCUGAUUAUGAAAAUGAACGCGAAAUGUUUAGAUCACUUCAAAGUGGCGGUGGAAUUCCGCUUUCUUUGAAUGACAUUACAGAAACUUACAAGAAAGAAAUAGAAGAGCUGGAAAGUAAGAAUGAUAAGAUGCACAAAGAUUUGAACGCAUUAAAUGAAAAACUAGGCCCUAUAUUGUUCAAUAGGCUUAGAGAACAUCAGAAAUCUGACGAAGGAAACUACGAUGUAUCACUUGAAGUAAAUGAAAAAGGACUGGAGAGUGACACUAAACUUCCAUUGGUAUCUGACACCUUAGAGAUAGAAAAAGAUGAGAAAGGGGCAACUACGAAGAUAGAUGAGCAAUCCGAUGAAAUAGAAAAAGCUCUGGAUAAGUCAAUAAAACUAAUAACUCAAGGCAAAACAGUACAAGACAUAUUAAUUGAGGGCGAAAAAGAGCGAAACAUCCUUGGUUCUAUACAAAGCAAAGAUGGAGUACCAAUUUCAAUCGAUGAUAUUAAAGAAGCUUAUAAGAAGGAAAUCGAACAAUUAGAGGGAGUAAAUGCUAUAGUUAAUACCGAAUUAACCAUUUUAGAUGCUAAACUCGGGACAAAAUUGUCUAAUCAGCUGAAGGGGAGACCAAGGGGUACCCCAAUGAUAGACCAAGCGGGAAUUAAUAUACCAGAGAGUCAAAAUGUUAGAGAUACAGAAGCUGCUACUUCAACAGAGAAAACUAUCGAUGUGUCCACGAGUGAAAGGACAGUUCCGCUUGACGUGAACUUAGUAAAAUAUGAGAAUACGAUUGAAAGUUUACAAAAAGGAGAAAAACAAAUUGGGAAAGAUCAAGAAGAGGAAAGAGAGAAAGCAGAAGGGAAAUAUAUUGAACAUUCGUCAUUGGAAGCUCCGAUUAUUAUGGAACAGCUUGACCAGACACUAGAAGAAGUAAUUGCUGAUUACGAAACACAACUUAAAGAAAUGUUGACAAAUCAAGAACAACUGAAAACAGAACUUGAUACCUUAGAACUGAGCAUCGGACCAAAACUUUUUAAAGAACUUUGUGAGUUGAAUAUACAGGAGGUGGACGAUAACAGGAAAACAGUGAAGAUAGAAGAUGAAAAGCUAAUUGAAUAUGAACCACAGCCGAAGCAAGAUAUUCAUGAUAAAGAUGCCGAUAAUGUCAAAAUAAAACACGAAAAGUCUGAUUUUGAAGCAAUCAACAAGAUGGCAGAAGAGGAUAAGCCAUUAUCAAGCGUACUAGAUGAUUACCAGGGUAAAUGUCAUUUCUUUGAAAGAGAAAACGCUUCAUUGAAAAAUGCCUUAAGCGGCUUAUCUGGUGAUCUCGACGUUGGACAACUUAUCUCAAAAUAUGAAAACAAGAUUCAAACGCUUGAAAAUGCCAACAAGGAAGCACAGAAGGAAUUUGAGAACAAGCACAAUGAGUUACAAACUGAAAUUGACGACCUAAAGGAUACUUUGGAAAAACUUGCACAAACACUCCGCCAAGAUUUCUUGGACGAUCUCAUGAAACAGCAAGAUAGCGAAAAUCGCAUUCAAGCUCUUCAGAAGAUGGAAAAAGAAAACAAGACUCUUGCCGAAGUUGUUGAAGAAUAUGAAGAUAAUAUGAAAAGGCUUGAGAAAGAAAAAGCCGUCUUGGAGCAGCUAGCAGGUCAAGGUGAUGAUGGUGUCUCGAUGCUGGACAGGAUGAAUGACUAUGAAGAUUCCAUUCAAAAUCUAAAAGAUGUUAAUAAGAUGCUUAACAAACGCCUUGAUGAAUUUAGUGGAAAACUAGGGCCUAAACUGACAGACGAGUUAAUAAAACUUUCUUUGAUAACGGACAAAGAAAGUGAAAAAUUGAAAGAUGACGAGUUCAAAGACUGGUUUCCUGCUGUUAAGAGAAUGAAAAAAAGCAAUGAUACUUUAGAAGAGGUUUUGGCAUGCUAUGAGAGCAAAGAAUCACCAAGUCCUAAUGACGUCAUCUCAAAAUUGAAGGAAAAAAUAGGAGAGCAUUUUAUUGACGACAUCAAUGAUCUUGAUAACCAAAGUAUUGAGGAGCUUAUUAAAAAAGACAAGAGACCAAUUGCGCUAUUGAUAAUGAAAAAACGCAACGAAAAUCUUGGGAAUGUCAUAAAACAAUAUGAAGACUAUCUUCUGAAGUAUGGUGUUCUCGAUUCUCUACAGGGAGAAUCGCUGGCAUCAGAGCUCGAAGACGCAUUUGAAGAAAGCAUUGCAGUUGAUGUUCAAAACGAACCGCUACUCAGUGAAAUUAAAAGUGACACUUUGGCUUCGGGAUAUGAUACUUUGUUUGGAGAAAGUUUUAAUCUUACCGGCGAGAUGCCGGAUGAUAGUCAGCUCAAAGAUGGCAAUGCAGACGACUGCAAAGACAUUCAACUACAGAAGCUUCAAAAGCAACUUGAAGAGGAAAAGGAACUUAAAGAAAAGUACCAAAGAGAUGUCGAAGAACUUCUUAAUGACAUAGUUCAACUUAAACUAAAAAAUGCAAGUGAUGACGAGGAUAAAGAGGAAAUUGAAAGGCAGAUUAAAGAAGAGCACAAAACUAAACAACAAUACCAAGAACUAAAGCAUGAAUUAGCUAAUGUCAGGAAGAGCAACAAUGAAUUGCAAAAAAGCAAUGACGAUUUAACAAAUGAAACGAAAACCAUGGAAAACCAAAUUAGGAAGCUCGAAAAUAAACUUUCAGAUUUGGCAAAGACAAACGAAGAAUUAGAAAAAGUAAUUGAAAACUUAAAGAACCAACUCAAAGAAAAUGUAGAUAACCUGAAAACAGAGAAGGGGCUUGAUGAAGACACAGACCAAAAGAAAAAAGACACAAUCAAAGACCUACUUGAGGCUAAAGAAGGGGCCGAGUUGAAACUUCAAGAACAAUUGAUCUUAUACCGUGACUUAGAAGAAAAGUUAAAGGUGAUCGAGGAAGGGCUGGACAAUGAUGAAGGUGGAGCUGAAACAUUGAAACAGAUCAAAAUCAGGAAUGAAGCACUUAAACAGCAGUUGGAUCACGCUGAAGAAUCCAUGAAGGAAGCAUUAGAAAAAUACAAAGAACAGAUCAGAGAUCUUGAAAUCGAACAGGCAAAAACAGAGGAAGAGAAAAAACGCGAAUUGGAAAUAUUAAACAACAAGCUGGAGCUCGAAAAGAGGGCUUACGAAAAACUUAAAGAAGAAUACAGUGAUAAUCUUAAAAAAGAAAAAGACAAAAUCCAAGAGGAUUUUGACAAUGAACUCGAGAGGGAGAAACGACGAUCAAGGAAGGACUUAGAGGAGCAAAUGGAAGAUUUAGAAAGAUUGAAGAAAAAACACGAACAAGAGUUAGAUGACCUAAAUGAAAAAUCAAAGAAAGAGAAAGGUGAUUUGACGAAUUUAUUUGAGGAAGAAAAACAACAACUUCAAAGAGAGCUUGACGACAAGGUACGAAAAGAGAAGGAAGAUCACGAAAAAGAGUUAAAAACAAUGAGACAGGUAUUGGAAGACAGAAUGAUAGCUGAAAAAGCUGAGCUAAACGUUCGAUUUAACCAAGAAAAGACCGAAUUGCAAGUACAAAUCGAAAAAGACGUUUAUGGCGAGGAAAUACAGAAAAAUAUUGAUCUUGAAAACAACUUUCAAGGAACCUUAAAUCAGGUUUUACAAGAUCAUGCAAGUGAGAUUGAAAACAUCGAUCGCGAAAUGAAACAAGCCGACGAAUACUUCAAAGAACAAAAAUACAAGCUAUUAGAGGAAUUUGAAAAGGAACGAGAAAAAGAAAAACAGGAGCAACAAAAACUUCGAUUUGAGAUGGAAUCAAACAUUGAGAAUAUGUUAAAAGAAAUCAUAAAACUAAAACAUCAACGAAAAGAAAUGAGGCAUCAACAUCGGUUAGAAAAGCAAACAAUGGAGGAACUUUUUGACAAAGAAAGAAACGAAAUUCAGGAAAGUAUUGAGCAAAGUAAGAAUGAAUUGCUCUCCAAGUUAAAAGAAGAACAUGCAAAAGAGCUUAGCCAUGAAAGAGAAAAUUAUGAAGAAAUGUUAAAUGAAAUGAAGGAGGCCCUUGAAAAAUCCGAGGCAAAGCGAAAAGAGCUUGAAGACAAGUUGCAUAAUGAGGAACUUAAAGUCGAAGAGAGCAAGUUGAAUAAUGCUCAAGCCAGACCAUUGAGCCCAGAAGUGCAAAAGGAAAUAAAGGUCAUAAAAAGAAAAUUUGAGGUUGAGUACGAACAGAAACUAAGCAUCGAGAAGCAACGAUUUGAGGAAACUCUUCAAGGUUUACGAAAAGAAGUUGGUACACUACAAGAAAAGAGGAAGAUAAUUCAAGAAAGAGUAUACAAUCAAGAGGGUGGUUACGCAGCAGAAAAACAUGUCAUCGAAAAAAGUAUAGCAAACUACAAAAUGGAGGUUUUGGCAAAAUUAGAGGGAGAAAUGGCUCAAAGAAUGAGUCGCGAAAGAAAACCGUUAGAAGAAGAAAUAAAGGAGCUACAAACCGAAAAUGAAGAACUUAAACGACAAAGGUGGGAGAUGAAGAUUCAAUUCAGAAGAGAAAAGGCUACUAUCGAAGAGAAAUAUGAAAAAGAAAAAGAAGCAAUGGAACAUAAUUUUAGCACGGAAAGGGAGGAGAUGCGCAAGCGUCUAGAAGCAACUAUACAAAAACAAGACAAAAUAAAUAAGACCAAUGCCACGGCUUUGCAUGGGGAAACCCUUUCGAGCCCUCGCAUUGAUAACACAGUUCGUAUGCUGCAGCAAGAAAACCUAUCUCUUGUGACUCAAAAUGCAAGGCUUGAAGCAGACGUAGAAAAACUCAGUGAGAAGCUUGAGUCAAUAGAAGGAAACUUUAAAGAGAUGAUCGAAUACGAAAAGAGCAAGGCAGAAAGAGUUGGCAAAAUCCGAGACGAAAUGCCAAAGACGGCAUUAUUUAAAGAUAUACCUGGACGACCAGCACCAGAAUACCAGCCGUCAGCAAGUUCGCAAGACGACGCAAUGUUCCACAGGCUACAGGAGCAAGAUCAUCAGAUCCACCAGCUUCUAGAAACAAAGAAAUAUUAUGAAUCAGUUUUAGGCGAGCUGUGUGACGAGGCUGGCCUGUUUGAAUUAGAUCGCAAUGAAGUAGUAUAAGCAUUUAAGAUAUUUUAGUCUGCUACCUUAACGCCACUAACAUUUAUAUUAAGAGUGGCUUAAGAACUAAAUUAGAUUGUGUUUCAAAUGCACACUUAAAAGCAGAUUUUUGUAUACUGUCAAAAUGAAGAAUUUUAAAUACGGCAAAUAUUUAGCUUAAAAAACAGAGCUUGCUUUAUAUAGUUCUAUGGCGCCAAAAGUACUACUAUAGUACUUCACACAAAACGAGUAGUGCGUGCAUAGAGUUUGUAAGAUGCCUUUAAAAAAUUUAAAACAAAAGUACAAGAGGAAAUAAGAAUUUCAUUUACUACAAUGGAUAGGCUCGCUACGUAUUUAUCAGUAUGGAUUCAGCGCCGUUGACUUAAUUUGCGCAAAAUAUAAAAACCGUGCAGAGUGCAGCAAAAUGCUAGUAUGCAUACUUUGUACAGAAAGUAAGCUUUAUAAUCACAAUUGUGGUGUACACUCAAUCAGACAUUUACACAAGAUUUAUAUUAUGAUAUAUGCAUCAAUUAAUUUUAUAGAUAAGAGGUAAUUUUGUAGAGAAAAAAUAUCGAGUAAGUAAGAAAUACAUAAUCAGUCCAAUUGUCUACCAUUUUGUAAGCACGAUUUUUAAAGUUCUGAUAAGAUUGCCCUUUCAAUCUGCAUUCGUAAAUUGUAGUGAAAUAUGAGUUUACAUUCAUAAGCAAAGCAAUAAAAAAUAUAACCGAUUCAAAAACGA